UUUAUUCAAGUUUCGGUGUCCUGAGACUGGACAUUCUUGUUUUGCACACUGUCGUAUAAAGUAUAAAAGGGGGAGUUUUGACAGAGACAGACAGCAUAGAAGAAGAGAUUUCAAGACCACGAGGAUGAAGAAGAUUGCAGUCCUUAUUCUAGCGUUUUGCUGCUGUCUAUGUGAAGCGCAAGUUGAUGGAAACAAUGGCACAGACUGUCCGUGCUCAGGAUCAGUCAGUUCCUGUGACAUGUGCUCCCUCACUUCCAUAACUCAAAGUCUGGGAGAGAUGGGAAAGAAGGUGGCAAACAUGGCAGAACAAAUAACACUUCUGGAGGCUAAGUUGCAAAACACUGAAAAAGAUGCCCAGGAGCUGCGCAGCCUGAUUGGAGGCACACCUCGGGUGGCCUUUUCUGCAGCUCUCAGGGAUUCUGGCUCUGGAGACAUUGGACCUUUCAGCACUAAUACCCCACUGAAGUAUAAGAAGGUUUUCUCCAACACUGGCAAUAGCUACAAUAAUUCAACAGGUAUUUUCACAGUGAUGGUCAAAGGAAUGUAUUUCUUUCGAUUCUCCAUGUUCAACAUCCUCGCUAGUGCUCCCAACUCUGUUGUGGGCCUCAUGAAGAACGGUGAACGGCUGAUUUCUGUCUGGGGCAGAUCAGGAUUUAAUGCCAAUGUUAUGGGCAGCAACGCUGUGGUCAUCCCCCUUGAGGUGGGAGACAAUGUGUAUAUUGAGCUGUAUGCACACACAAAAGUUUAUGAUAAUGGCAUGAACUACAACACCUUCAGUGGUUUUCUGCUCUUCACUAUGUAAUUCAAACAUCAUGAUUUCACGUCUGCAUAGGUCUCCAUGC